UUUCUCCAGCUUUAAACAUGCUGCUGCUGUUCCUACUGCUGCUGUCAUUUGGGGAGAUCCCUGGUGCAACAAUUAAAGAAACAGUAGGAGAGGCGAGUGGAGAUGGACAGUAUGAGGACCAAGAAGAAAGCAGUAUGGAGACAAGAGCAGAGGAAGAUACAGGGCCAAAGAUGAGGUUAAAUCCAGGGGAUGAUGGCCAUGCUCAGUAUGUGCUGGGGCAUUUUGGGGACAAUGGCUCGUGUGUGUGCAAGGUAAACUCCAACAUGUGGUCGUUCCCUGCUGUGAAGUACGAGGCUGUGAUGCAGCAGAUUCAGUCCUGUGAAGUAUCUUUGAAUAACCUUGACAAACAGGUGAAGUUGUCCAACCAGCGUCUCCCUCAUAUCCAGGCUGUGAUUAAGAAUGUGACGGCUCGGCUGGAGCCUUACCAGUAUCUACAUAACAAGGGCCUGUACACGCCCUUGUCUCUGCGCCUCCUAGGCCAGGAGCUCAGCCAGCUGGAAACAGACAUUAGUACCAUCCACAGCCAGUUAAACAAUGCCCAAACACAGAAACUCUCCAAAGAGGUGGGUAAAUUGCGUAGAGAUGUAGACAGGAUGAAAACAUCAGACACAAUUAACAUGAAGACUGUCAAAGAGAAACUACGCUACCUGAGGAACAGUGCUGAGUCAUGCAAGUCAAUUCCCAAUGACUUCCAAGGCAAGGUGAGGUACUGCCUCAAGGGCCUGAUCCGCAACAUCAGUGACCCUAUCGUGACUAAGGUCAGCCCCUAUGGUAAGAGCUAUAUCUCUGGUUCAUGGGGCAAACAGGCCCAGAUGAACAGUGAGGGGCAGAAGUCCAGCUACUGGGUUCAAGGUCUGUUCAACAAUCAUGCCUGGGGGAACACUGUGCGUGUAUACCAAACCUAUGAAGACUUCAUGGCCUCAGUCAACCACAAGGACUUUACCUUUGCUCCAUCCUACACUGCUGCCAGUGCCAUCGAGGGUCCCAGUGCUGUCCUCUAUGGUGAAGCGCUCUACUAUAACUGCUACCGCUCUCCAGAUAUCUGCCGAUAUGACCUCAACACCAACAUCGUCAAACGGGUGACUCUUCCAGGCACUGAAGUCGGUUUCAACAACAAGUUCCAGUAUUGUUAUUAUGACUGCCGUCCCUAUAGUGAUAUCGACGUGGAGGCAGAUGAAACAGGACUAUGGGCCCUCUAUACCACUGUUGGUAACCAUGGUAAUCUAGUGGUGAGUCGGCUAAUUUGGGACAGUGAAGCUGAGAUGCUCAAUGUCUCUCAGACCUGGGAGACAAGGCUAUUUAAGAAGGCAGUUAGCAAUGCUUUUAUGGUGUGUGAGGUGCUGUAUGCUACUCGAUAUGUAGACGAAUACCAUGAGGAGGUGUUCUAUGCCUUUAACACAGCAACAGGCAGAGAGGACAACUCACUAGAACUCCCACUGGAGAAGGUAGCCAGAGGAGUGGCUAGUCUGAGCUACAACCCCACCAACAAGCAGAUCUAUAUGUUCAACGAUGGGUAUCUGCUGGCCUACCAGGCUCGCUUCUGAUCUGUUGUAAUAGGGUAGUAAUUGUUAUUUCCAUAUUAGCCAUGCUCACAUAGCACUUGUGAACAAGAAAAAAAGUAAAGUGGUGAGAGAUUCACUUUUGAGACUAUUCUAAGCAACAGCCUUGCAGGCUAGUGUUAUCAACUGGCUAAUGAAUAUGCUACA